GAAGGGGAACUGAGCACUUGGAAGUAGAGGCCCUGCUCUGCAGAUAUCUGGAUGUGAGGUUGUUUUAGUUGGGCUCUAAAGGCAACCUGGGAUCACCACUGUUGUAGCUUCCCCGCUUGCUGGAGCUGCUGAAGUUCAUCUCAGGGUUUGCAGUAGAGUUCUGUAGGUUAAUGGAGCUGUUGGACUUCAACCUGCUUUCCCUUGGGCAGGCAUCAGAGGCAGCUCAUGAGUUCAUGGCCUCCAUGACAACCAUGUAGUUGGCCCAUGUCAUCAGGUACCCAACACAUUAGAAGUCACACAUGCAUUGCAUCUGAUUUUCAUCUCAGAGCAGAUGCAACGUGAGUUGAAGGUGAGGGAUAUUAACAUCUGUCCUUUGUCAUAGUCAGAUCACUUUUUGAUCACUAUGGUCUUGACUGUUGCUACCAAUCUCUGCAAGGAGGAUGGACCUGUUUGAUUGAUCCAUUCCAGGCAUUUGGGUUUUUUCCAGAGGCAGUCCUAAUGAGGCUUUAGUUAUUAUCCUUGACUGUGAAGGUGGCAAUGGCCUUGAACAGGAUUAUACCAGUGGAGAAGAUGACUGGAAUGCUGCUAAUGAAAGACAAGGAGCUGAUCAAAUUGAACAUGGGAUUCAUAUGAAAUUUCAUUUCGUGACUGAAAAACAUGAAGACCAUCUAUCAAAAUAAUGCCAAACAUGCAAACUGCUAAUUCCACCCACAUUUGAGUGGUUUUUUUCAGUAAAAAUGGGAAAUUCAGAAAGCCAGUACAGCCUUCAGGGAACCAAAAGUCAUACUGUUCCUACAUCUGCUACCAAGCAGAAGCCCUGCUCUCUGAAAAUUUGUGGUGUCCAUGCUAAAGAUGAAAAAUCCUGCUCCGUACGUGGGUGGAACCACAGUGCCAGUAAUGCAAGCUACAAAUCCCGAUCAUUUGCCAGAAGCUGCCUUUCUCAUUUUAAGAGUAAUCAGCCUUAUUCCUCAAGACUCAGUGACACAGUAGUGAAAGUAUCUAAGAGUAACAACCAUGCAAAACAUAGGACUCGCACAUCAGGGAACUAUGGUCAGGGGACUAACAAUGCAUUUCCACCUGAGAAUGGUUUUCACUACAUUGGCUUUGAAACUACCAACAACUACAUUCCUUCCAAGGAAUAUAAUGGACAUUUCUUAAAUUGCUAUGGGGAAAAAGAAAUUUCACUACCAGAUGACAGAAUGAGUCCAAAAGUUCUCAUCAAGACACUAGGGAAGCUUGAUGGGUGUUUGAGAGUUGAAUUUCACAACAUUAGCAGUAACAGUAGCAACUCUAGAGAUGAACCCAGUGAACCAGUCCAACUUUUAAGAUACUCACCUACUUCAGAAUCAGAAAAGAAUAAAAUGCUUGAAGGAAAGGAAUCUUCUAGUACAGACUAUGCUGAAAGCCAUCGUCUGUCAGCUACUGAUUCAAGACUUAGAUCCAGUAAAGGGAGCUCCAUUAGUUCAGAGUCUUCAUGGUAUGAUGCUCCAUGGGGCAAUAAUGGAGGUAUAAAUGAACUAGAUGGGUCAUACAUAUCCAGGAGCAUUCCAGAUGCAAGCAUCCAAGUUGGUUUCUCCCAGAAUGACUGCAAAAAAACAUUGAACCAAAGUUCAUCUCUUUCUUCCCUUCGUGAUUUAUAUGGGGAUUCAAAUCUGAGAAGUUGCCAAACCUCCAAUAUUGGACUUUCUGCAGAUUACAUCAAUACACAUGCUAGUUUAAGCAACCGGGUUUCAUUUACCUCUGCCAUAGACGUUCCUUCUAAGGUGGAGCACAGAGGAUCUCCACAGUACUCUUCCUAUACUCUGCCUUGUAGGAAAUCUACGAGCCUUAAUGAGGAUGCAGCUAAGAAGGAAACUUUAAAAAGCCGAAUGCGUCGGAUCAGUGACUGGACAGGAAGUUUGUCAAGGAAGAAGAGGAAGCUACAGGAGCCAAGAUGCAAAGAUUCAAAUGAGUAUUUUGACAUUGGAUAUGAAAGCCUUCCUACAGACCUUUUUGUUCCUUCCCAUUUCUCUGGUUCUCUGUGGUCCCCUAGCUCUGGCCAGAUUUUGCCGCAAAGAAGUGAGUCAGCUAAUGCAAUCAGCAGUGACAUCCUAAGACAAAAUAUUUAUGAAAAUUUCAUGCGAGAGCUUGACCUGAGCAGGACCAACAUUGAGAACACAGACUCUUCUAUGGAAACUGAGGACUCGAGCAGUGAGUCACUCAGCUCCUUAGAGCACUUGGACCUGUUGUAUGAGAAGGAACAAGGAGUCAUCCGUAAGGCUGGAUGGCUUUUCUUCAGACCUCUUGUGACCCUACAGAAAGAGAAGAAACUUGAGCUAAUUACCCGGAAGAAAUGGAAACAGUACUGGGUAACACUAAAAGGAUGCACUCUAUUGUUUUAUGAGACUUAUGGGAAGAAUUCCUUGGAGCAAAAUAGUUUACCCCGGUAUGCUCUGUUUGGAGAAGGCUGUAUAGUACAAUCUUGCCCAGAACACCCAAAGAAAGAGAAUGUUUUCUGUCUCAGCAACUCUUUUGGAGAUGUCUACUUAUUCCAGGCUACAAGCCAGACUGACCUUGAAAACUGGGUUACAGCGAUACAUUCUGCUUCUGCGUCUCUCUUUGCAAAGAAGCUUGGGAAGGAAGAUACAGUCAGAUUGCUGAAAAAUCAAACUAAAGCCCUUAACCAGAAGAUUGACAUGGACAGCAAGAUGAAAAAAAUGGCUGAGCUCCAACUCUUGAUUGUUAGUGAUCCUAAAAACAGGAAAGCAAUUGAAAACCAG